UUCUUUUGCUCUAGUUCUGCUUCGUCUUCCCCAGCUUUUGCUGUUUUGUUUUUGCCUCCUCUACCUCUUCUGCUGCUUCUGCUGCUUCCGCUGCUUCUGCUGCUGUUGCUUCUGGCCUGCUGCUUUCGCUGCUACUUUUCCGAAGCUGCUUCCCACCGCCAACUGCCCUCCACGCUCCUGUUCGAUCCCACUGACACUCUCACUGCCUGUUUCUCGUUGGCUGUACAACUGAUCUGUUCUUCUCCAACUGCCUGUGUUUUCGAUGCUUCUCGACAUGGCUGAUGAGUGCAACAAUUCUCUUUCCAAAAAUAUCAACAAUAUCAAUGCUAUUCUUAAUGGUUCUACCAAAAUCAUCAAAUCCGGUCUAGCCUCACCUCCAAACAUCGUCGGCAAUAAUCUGACAACUUCCAUUCCCACCAAUAUCAAACCAAAACACAAUUCCAACCUCACUUCAAAUAGUCUCGAUGCCCCUGAAAGUAUCGGUCCCAAUUCUCUGACAAAGUUGUCGUUUUUACAGCAAGCUGCCCUCAAUAAUUCAAAUUUAGACUCGCUAGAUGAUUUAAAAGUUGAUGAUUUCGAAACUGCUUUAUCCAUAUAUAAUCAAGAAAUUAAGAAACAAGCUGAAAAACAAAUUGAACAAUUAAAAAAGUUUCAAUUGCAGAAUUUGCUUCAAAAGCAAUCCUUUCAGUUCAACAAUCAACUUGAUAAUAAUAAUAAUAAUAAUAAUAAUAAUAAUAAUAAUAACAAUAACAAUAAUUUUGGUCCCUCGGAUUUUUCACUUUCAACCAAUCUUUUAAAUUCUUCAAAUUCUUCAAAUAACUUUUCAAAUAACUUUUCAAAUCAAUUUAAUAAUCUAAAUAAUCUAAAUAAUUUCACUAUAAAUGAUUUAUCAAAGAAUCCUUCAAUACCAUCUAUUCAACCACCUCAAUCUAAUCUUCCUUCUAAUCUUAAUCAGCAAAAUUCAUCCAUAAAUCGAAUAUCAAACAAUACUCAAUCUCUAAUAAAUAUUAAAAAUAAUAACAAUAAUGAUAAUGAUAAUAGUAAUAAAAAUGAUAGAAGGCAAAGUCAAACUUUUGAAAAUCUAACUUUUUACUCUCAUCUUCAACCUCAUAACUACACUUAUAAUAAAAAUAAAGAUUUUGAAAAUCUUGAAAAUUUUGAUUCAAUAAUCUUUCAAAAUCAUAGUAUUAAUAGUAACAAUAACAAUAAAAAUAAUAACAAUGAUAAAAAAAAUAAUUCCAAUGAUGAUAAUAACAUUUCCAUAAAUAUAACUAAUAAUCUAAAUAAUAGCAUAAAUAAUAAUAUUGAUAAUGAUAUUCCCAACAGCCUGGAUCUUAUUAAUAACUUUAACUUUGAUAGCCUUUUUAAUAUCAAUAAUUCAUUGAAUGAAAAUCAAAAUAUUUCAUCAAAUAAUGAUGAUUUAGAAAAAUUAUUUGAUUCUUUAUUAUCCGAAAAUGAAAAUAAUGCAUUACAAAACUUUUUUGAUAAUUUUUUAAAUGAUUCAAAUAAUAAAAACAAUAACAGUAAUAACAAUAAUAACAAUAGCGAUGGCAAUAGUAAUAAUAAUAAUAACAAUAAUUUAAAUGAUUUAAAUAAAUUAACCCAAGAUUUAAUCGGCUCAACUCCCCCUCAAAAUCAAAACCAAAAUACAGAUAGGGAUUCUUUUAGUAAUUCAAUGGAUGAAAUAUUACGAAAUUUCAAUUACGAAAUUAACCAGUCUUCAAUAAAUACUAGUAAUCAAAACCACAUUAAUAAUAUUAAUAAAAACGUAUCCACAAAUAAUAAUCAAAGUUCAUCUCGUUCAAACCUAUCAAAUUUAUCAAACCUAUCGGCUUUCUUGCUAAAUCCUCCAUUGGUUUUAUCAAAAAAUAAUAGAAAAUCUGACUCAAAACCUAUCACAAAUAAUUCAAAUUCAAAUUCAAAUUUUGUAAAUAAUAGUAGUAAUAAAAGCAAUACAAAUUCUAUCAACAAAGGCCAAUCUCAAAAUUUACUCAUUUUACCUUUAACUAAAAAAAAACGAAAAACAAGAAAAAAAUUAUUGUCGGAAGAAGAAAAAAGAUUAAAUCACACAACUUCGGAAAAAAGAAGAAGAAACUUAAUAAAAGAUUCUUAUGAUAGGUUAUGUUCAAUUUUACCUCUAGAAAUUCCCAACACAAACAAUAAAAUUUCAAAAGUUAAAAAAUCAAGAGGUGAAAAGGCAAAUUCAAAAUUUUAUGUAUUAACAGUUGCUGGUGAUGAAAUUGAAAAAAUAAUAAGUAUUAAUGACCAGUUGAUAAAAUUAUGUUACUUGAAUAAUAUAAGUUAUGAAAAUCCUUUUUUUGAAUUGAAAAAUGAAAAUAAAAAUGAAAAUAUUGAACCUACCAACUCUAUUCAAAUCAAUAGUGAAUCCAAUCAACUUGUCAAUAGAUCACUAGAGAUACAGAAUCUGCUAAAUGAUAAUAAUAGUGAAUCAAGAAAACUCUUAGAAUCAGAUAUUGCUAACAAAACUCACUUUAAUCAAAAAUAUCAACUUCAGCACAAGAGUCAUGACAUUUCUUUAGUAAAGAAUAUUAGUGAUAAUCUCAAUACUAAUGCCAAUAAAAAUAGCAUGAAUGAACAUUUAACUAAUAUUGAGGUUUCUACAAGUAUUAAAUAAAAAAGCCUUUACAAAAAGUUUUAUACAUAUUCAAGCCGCUUAAUGUUUUUAAUGACUAAAUAAUGAUAAAAUAAUGAUUCAAUGAGCAAAAAACUAAAGUUGUGGAUAAAAUUUUUGAUUAUUGUCUAUGUAGUAAUUACUUUGAAAUUAUUCAUCAUCACUCCCAUCCUCAUCCUCAUCUGAUUCACUUUCUGAAAAAUCAUCUGAAGCAUUAUCAUUUUCCUUUUGCAGUAAGUCAUUUUCUUCACCGCCAACUGAAUUCUCAAUUGUAACGUAAUACCCAUUUUCUUGGAGUGAUUUUUCAAGAUUAUCUAAUUGACUAGGAUGACAACUUAAGAAAACCAAGCCAUCUUUAGAUUCAAAUAUAGGUAAGAAAUAUUUUUCAUAAACACAUAUUAGUUGAUCAAUGGUAACUUUACUCAAUUCUUUCAUCAAUCUAUGAUCGUAGUUAUGGCCUCGUUUUUUCAAGAAAAGAUUUAAA